AUGAAUUUCUUUAAGAAUAUCUUCUCAGAUCCAAGCCAAGUUACUAAAGCAGUUAUUGGAGAUCCAUUUGAGACUAAGUCACAAAUACAAACAAUUAAUAAUUCUACAAUUCAAUGUGAAGUUUCACAAUCAGUUAGAAAAAUUGAUAGAACAAAAGGAACUACAUUUACAUAUGAAACAAAUUUUUAUAAGUCAAAUAAACAACAGAAUUAUCCACAAUUAUUAAUUAAAAAAUUAAAAAAUUUAAAUUGUCCAGCUUUACCUAAAAUUUAUGAAACAAAUGAAAGUGGAAGUAAAGUUACAAUUAUUACAGAAGAAAUGUAUCCUAUUAGUAAUAAAAUUAAUGAUAUAAGAAAGAGUCCAGAUCUUCUUAUUUGGGCUGUAUAUAAUCUUGUUCGUGGUGUUGAUUAUCUUCAUACAAAAGGUUAUUUACAUGGUAAUAUAAAACCAACUUCUUUAUAUGUAACUAAAGCUUUAGAAGUUAAAAUUUUUGGAUUAGAAUAUUUAAGUGAAUUUUCUUCAUUAAAUAAUUCUCCUUUUGAGAAUAGAAUUCAGACAGAUCCUCAAAUUCUUGAUGAAGUUUAUUUACCACCUGAUCCUAAUAAUUAUAAACAAAACGCUCAAGGUGUUGACUCUUGGGGUGUUGCUGGGGUUUUAUGUUAUCUUUUUGGUACUCCAAUUACUAAAAAAUCUAUGGUUGCUCAAGCACCAUCUAUUCCAGUAGAAUUAUCUGCUUUUCAUAAAUCUAUUGACUCAGUAAAUCAUGUUGAUAGACAGUCAGUUGCUUCUUUAUUAACAAUUCCAUUUAUCACUCAAAAUAGAUUUAUUGCAAUAAUAAAUACUCUUGAACACUUCUCUACUGUUGACGCCUUUGUUCGUGAUUCAUUCCUUCGUUCAUUAGCUACUCAGUUUGAUACUUUCCCACCUUCAUUUAGACAAUAUAAACUUCUUGAAUCCUUCCUUGAAAUUAUGAAAAUAGGAAAGAAUGAGUCAGUCACUGUCGUUGAACCAACAAUGAGAUUGACUACUAAUAUCUCUCAAGAAGACUUUGACUCAGACGUUCUUCCUACGAUUAAAUUACUUCUCCAAAAUGGAACACCUAUUAUUAAAUCUGCAUUACUUGCACAUGCCAGUUUAUAUGUUAAUAAAUUAUCCGAGAAUAUAGUUGGUAAUUAUCUUUAUCCAAUGCUCUCUAAAUCUAUGGCACCAGAAGCAACAGGGUCAAUGAAAGAUGCUGCUGUAAGAUCAUUAGUAUGUCUUGCACCUAAAUUACCACAAAGCACAUUAAAUGGAGAGGUAUUUAGAUUUCUUGAUGCUGCAUUACAAGAUCCAGAAAGUGUUGUUAGAAUCAAUACGGUUGUUUGUAUUGGUAAAAUAGCUAACAGAUUUAAUGAUGAUAAAAAAGCUAAAUUAGUUGCAUCUGCCUUCUCUAGAAGUAUGAAAGAUGGAGUUGCUGAUAUGAAGAAAGCAGCAGUAAUAAUGGUUUCACAAAAUAAAUAUGCCAUUGAUGGAGCUGUUUGUGCAAAAGAAGUUAUCCCAUAUUUAUCACAAGCACUAUUAGAUCUUGACCCUCAAGUAAGAAAAGCAGCAAUAGAAUGUUGGGACGUUAUUGCUAUUAUUGUGAGAGAAUAUGCUAUGACAUUAGAUAAUCCUUCUUAUGUUCCUAAAUAUCCUAAAGAAGGAGAUAAUAUUAGCCUUGGUAUUUCUAAUCAAAGUACGAAUCAAAUUCCUAUCUUUAGUGGUCAAUCUACUUCAUUUACUCCUCAGUCUGCUGUUCCUCAACAACCAGCUCAAUCUAACGUUACUCCUUCACAAACUACAGCCACUCCAACUCAAAAGGAGAAUAACACUCAACCUAAACAACCAACUCAACAAAAUAAGCCAAGCCAACCCAAACCAACUGUUCAAGCAGAUGACUGGGACUCAUGGGCUGCAUCAUUUGAGAAACAAACAAAGAGUAAACAACCACAAAUUGCAUAUGGUGGAUAUACGUCUACACCUAUAAACCAACCUAAACCUGCAACAAAACCUAAACCAGCUCCAAAGAAAUCAAACAAUGAUUGGGGAUUUGAUUUUGACUCAGAUAUUGGAGGAGGAAAUUCAGGAGUACCUUCAUUCAUUUAA